UGAUAUCCUGUUGUACUAAACAGUGAUGGUGGUUAUCAGUUAGCUAAUUAUAGAGGUGAAAAUUUGGCGAUAGAACGAGAUUUUGUUGACAGAGGGGGCAACAAUGGCACACAUAACAAUUAAUCAGUACCUUCAACAGGUGUUGGAGGCUAUAGAAACCAGAGACGGCUCCUUCUGUGCAGAACUCCUUUCAUUCAAACACCCGCAUGUAGCCAACCCUCGCCUGCAGCUUUCAAGCCCAGAAGAGAAAUGUCAGCAGGUGUUGGAACCACCCUAUGAUGAAAUGGUUGCAGCACACCUGAGGUGCACAUAUGCAGUGUCUAACCAUGACUUUGUGGAGGCCUACAGAUGCCAGACAGUGGUGGUUCAAUCAUUCCUGAAGGCAUUCCAGGCACACAAAGAAGAGAACUGGGCUCUACCAGUGAUGUUUGCAGUUGCACUUGAUCUUCGAAUAUUUGCCAACAAUGCGGAGCAGCAGCUGCAGAAGGGUAAAGGGAAAGUGGGAGACAUGCUGGAGAAGGCAGCUGAGCAGCUCAUGAGCUGUUUCAGAGUGUGUGCCAGUGACAAUCGAGCUGGUAUUGAUGACUCCAAGAAGUGGGGGAUGCUGUUCCUCAUCAAUCAACUCUUCAAGAUCUACUUCAAGAUUAACAAAUUGCACCUUUGCAAACCGCUGAUCCGUGCCAUUGACAGCUCAAACCUGAAGGACGACUACAGCAUGGCACAGAGGGUCACUUACAAGUACUAUGUAGGCCGCAAGGCGAUGUUUGACAGCGACUUCAAACCAGCGGAGGAAUACUUGUCCUUUGCCUUUCAUCACUGUCACCGCUCCUGUCAGAGGAACAAGCGCCUGGUGCUGAUCUACCUGCUGCCCGUCAAAAUGCUGCUGGGCCAUAUGCCCACUCACCAGCUCCUCAGGAAGUAUGACCUCCUGCAGUUUGCUGACGUCACCAAGGCUGUAAGUGAGGGUAACCUGCUACUCCUGAAUGAAGCAUUGGCCAAACACGAGACCUUCUUCAUCCGCUGCGGUAUCUUCCUCAUCCUGGAGAAGCUGAAGAUUAUCACUUACAGGAACCUCUUCAAGAAAGUGUAUCAGCUCUUGAAGACCCACCAGCUUCCACUCGACGCCUUCCUGGUAGCGCUGAAGAUGAUGCAGGUGGAGGAGGUGGACAUUGACGAGGUGCAGUGCAUCCUGGCCAACCUCAUUUACAUGGGUCACAUCAAGGGCUACAUCUCUCACCAGCACCAAAAAUUAGUGGUUAGCAAGCAGAACCCCUUCCCCCCUUUGUCCAGUGUGUCCUAAACUACAGUACCCAGAAUUCCCCUUUCCACUAUGCCUCCCCCCCAUCCAUGAUUCUGCAUACCUGGCUGGACUGGUUUCUGUGUCAGUUAACAGGAUUACUUUCAUCUUUUAUGAUCUGUGUUUUGUACUG